AUGACAGGAGGCAGACAGAGGUCUCACUCAUACUACAACCCUGAGGACAGCAAGACCUAUGGUUCACAGACACAGACUAAGGACAUCUGUCAAAGACCUCGUUCAAGAUCUUUUUACAGUUAUGAAACAUCAGAACAUGACUCUGACCAUGAUCUGGACCAUCUAUCAGCGUCCAGUCUACUGAGGCAGAAAGCGACCAAUCCCCAGCAUCUCGUAAACAAAAAUGAAAAGGCCAAAUCAAAACCAAACAAGCAUUCACUUUCAAGAGAACUUAAUGGGAGCAGAGGCAGUCUCAAGUGUGUGUCCAUGAUAACUAUCUCUGAGUCGGACAACUGGGAGAUCUGCUCUAGCUCUGGCAUGAAGUAUGGUCAGUUUGUGGACUGGGAGAAAAUUGAUCCUGAAGCAGCAGAACGCUACCAACAGAUAGUUUCGAGUGAGCACCGGCAGUUGAAAGCCAUGGGACGAGAAGGAUUCUGGGCUACGCCUCAUACACUCAGGGCAAAGGCUUACUACCACAUCAUCCAUGGCAUGCAUUCCAGGGUUCAAAACAUAAAUCGAUACCAGAUAUGUGACCUGUGCUGUAGGUGUGUCAGUCCGGAGAGAGGAGUCUAUUAUGAACUAAGCAGGAAGCUCUUUGGAGAACAAAAGCUGAUCAACCACCCAGUACCAGAGUAUAUGGAGGCGGGAGAGAUCCCAAGGUACUGCCUUAAUAAGGCUGGUCUGAAUUCCGUUAAAAAGAUUCUUCUUUGUCUGGGAAGAUACUUCCCAGACAUGAACUUUUGCCCCAUCCUUCCUGCAUUGGCAUCGCUCAUCUUGCACUUCAGCCAGGACGAAGCGGAGUGCUUCUACAGUGUUGCCAGACUAAUUUGCUAUAACGACCCGAAUAAGCGAUACAUUGACCAGACCUUCCUUACAUACCGAGCGUCGUGCAUGACCUUCGGAGACCUUGCCAACAGAUGUUGCCGAGGCAUCCGGAAGUUGAUAGCCAGCUCACACCAGAACCUGUUCGAGUUUUACUCAGAUUGGAUCAUGUGGAUCUUUGCUGAUCUUCCAUUCACAUAUGCCAUUCGAGUGCUGGAUGUCUAUCUACUGGAGGGCUACAAGGUCCUUUACAGAGUGGCAUUGGCUUUGCUGAGCCUCUACAAAGUCUCCGUUUCGUCCAGAGUUGCAGACGUGGAGGAUUUCCGAACUGACAUGAAAAGGUUUGUGCAGAAUGUGGCUCGCCACUGCACGGCUGAGAAUCUCCUGGAAAAAGCAUUCCUGGUUCCCAUUGCCACGAGGAGAGAACUCAAUCUCUUAUUCAAGGCCAACAAAGUCUCUCUUAUGCAAAAAGGCGUCAGCAUCCACCAGAAGAGGCAAUCAGUGGAUACAGUGGACUUCAACAACCUAGGCUCUAGUGUUGUGACAGCAACAGAGAUGAGAGUCGUCUGGGCCUGGAUACCAGAACGUUUUGCUCUUUUCAGUCCAAUUAAGUUGUUCAGUUCAGUAGAACAUGGAGGAAGUCUUGCUUCGUUCUAUUAUCAUGUAGAGGGCCAUGAGCCCGCAGUGUUGCUCAUCAAAACAGAGGAUGAAGAGGUCUUCGGUGUCUUCAUUUCAUCAGAUAUGACAGAAAGGCACAAGUAUGACACUGAUAAAGCUACAUUUUUUGGAACAUGCGAAUGCUUUGUUUUCACGCUUCGUCCCAGCAUGGAGCGCUACCAGCGAGCCAUGGUCAACAUCAUGACCAGGAAAGUCUUCCCUCAGCAGGCUCAAUUUAACUCCCAGAACACAUUCAACACAACUCUGACAUGUCCAGCUGGGACACCCCAAGACCCGAGCUACUUGACCAUUCCUUUCACUGCACCCUCACAAGACCCAUUUACUACAAAUGAGCCAAAGAGAUCCAAGGAACAAGAGGCUUCCAAGUUCAUAGCUGGCAGUGAUGAACAGCUCAUUAUUGGUGGGAAUGGAGGCUAUGCACUCUGCUUUGAGCAGACCCUUGAGGCAGGCUACACAGAGUCUUGUGCCACAUUCAAAAGCCCGCCACUCUGCAAAGAACAUUUCAAGAUCCAGUCUCUAGAGGUCUGGGGAAUCCAGAACUCAAUUUGCUUUUCUCACUGUGCCGAAGCAUUCGACAUUGAGUAUAUCGUAGAACCUGAUAACAGCGAUGACUCUACUAUCUCUGGCUCCGAAGAUGACAAAAAGCCGGACAAAAAGUCUGCCAAAAAGGCUGAGAAAAGGUCUGACAAAAAGCCUGAGAAAAAACAGCCAGACAAAAAGACAGAGAAAAGGCCCAAGACAAGGCAACAAAAGCGCCAUUCUUGCACUCUUUGCAGCAAAGUAUUCGAUAGGCUUUCCAAGCUUAACCGUCACCAAUCUGUACACACAAGGCCAAGGACCUUAAAGACUCUCUAUAACUGUAAGCAUUGCGACAAGACUUUCAAAGAAGAAGAGAAACUGCUACGACACCAGGAUACUCACAACAGGACAAGGGAGCACCCGUGCGCAGACUGCGAUAAAGUGUUUAACAAGCCUUCCAGGCUCGCGCGGCAUCGACGCAUCCAUGAUAGGAAACCAAAGGAACCACACCAGUGUUCCUUCUGUGCCAAGACAUUUGAUAAACUUUACAGACGCAUCCGUCAUGAACGAAUGCACACGGGCGAGAGACCUUUCACCUGUUCCUUUUGUGGGAAGGGAUUCUCCGAAAUGGGUCACUGCAAAGCUCACGAAAAGACUCAUCAGGAUAACCCGGAGAAACCCCACCACUGCCCCGACUGCAGCAUGUCUUUCUUCAAGGCCUCGGAACUCAAUCGGCACCAGCGCUCGCACACUGGAGAGAAGCCAUUUCAGUGCAGCGAAUGUGACAGCUCCUACGCCCGGUCCGAGAGUCUCAAGAGACACAUGAGGAGCCACACCGGGGAGCGGCCCUACGCGUGCAUCACCUGCAGCAAGGGAUUUUACUCGCGCCAGGAUUUGAACAUUCACGUGCUCAUCCACUCGGGAGAAAAGCCCCAUCUUUGCCCCGUGUGCGGUAAAGGCUUCUCGCAACUUGGCAACAUGAAGGAGCAUGAGAAGAACGUGCAUGUCAGGCCCGAGAAGUAUUCUUGUAACGAAUGCGGCGCCACCUUCACUCGUUUCAAGUCGCUCAACCUGCACCAGCGAGUGCACACCGGAGAGAGGCCAUAUCUCUGCUUGCCUUGCGGGCGAAGCUUUUCCUGGAGUCACUGUCUGAGCAGACACCGCAGAACUCACGCUCACAAGCAGAUGUUGAGAGAUGCCACCAAAGACCUACAAGAUUUUGAAGCACUCACUGAGAACCAGGUGGGAAACAAUCUCUGCAGCAAGUCCUGGGUUUACCUGGGGUCUUAUCCCACUGGGGCAUGGCCGAAACGACUCACCAGGGAGGACUGGAUCAAAUACUUGAGCCAUCGCAUCUAG